AUGUCCCAAGUCCAAACGGUCUCCGAGACCGAAACCGAGCCUACACUCAAAGUUACACCAGAGUAUCAAUACCCCUCCACCGACCACACCAAGCGCGCCGUCGAGUCCAAGAUCAAGCUCGCCCCAAACGAGACGCUCACCGCCCACCUCUUGACCCACAUCAACUCACCAACCUCAACCUGGGAAACUCUCUCCACCCUCAUGCGCGACCCGGCCUACGAGGAAGAUGGCCUCUGUCCCGCAUCUGACCUCAUUGCCGCAAUCGAGGCGAGCUUCGAAGUCUUUAGCGCUGCUCAGGCCGAGCUGACCAAAGUCUGGGAUCCAAAAUCGGAGUUCAAGCUCAAGAAGACCCCGACACAGCUGCAUUUGAAGUCGCUGCAGUACGAGAGGUUUGUGAAGCCCAAGUUGGAAAAGGGAAAGGGAAAGGAUGAGGUGGAGUUGAGUAAGAGGGAGUUGAGGGGUUGGAUUAUGGAAUUGAUUGGUGCAAAGGAUGAUGUACUGGAGGACUUGGCGAAGUGGAGGAAGGCUUAUGGAGGGGUGUGA